CUCUGGUGUUUUCAUUCCUAACCUUUCAGAGCGGAAGUUACAAAUCAUUCAUUUUACCAUCGGAAUCAAAACCAAAUGGCAAACGACAAUUCAGCGCCAGUGUCGGCCAGCGGGUUGCGACUCAGUGGGGAACCACUACAGAUCAUCAGGGCCACAACCAAGGAAGAAGAGGAGAAGACGCUACACGUCUUUGAACUCGAUGAAGAGAAACUGGAGAAAGUCCUCCUGGAUCCCAGGAUUCAGGAGAAGAAAGUGGUGGUUGUGUCUGUGGCCGGUGCCUUCAGGAAGGGCAAGUCAUUCCUGCUGGAUUUCUUCCUGAGAUAUCUUAGUGCAGAGGGACAGCCUGAUUGGCUAGGUGAUGAUGACUCCCCUUUGGAAGGGUUCACCUGGAGAGGGGGGUCGGAGCGAGAGACGACAGGAAUCUUGCUCUGGAGUGAACCAUUUAUCUGCAAAACUCCUUCAGGGGAAGAGGUUGCUGUCCUGUUAAUGGACACACAGGGAGCUUUUGACAGUGAGUCUACAGUCAGGGACUGUGCCACCAUAUUUGCUCUAAGUACCAUGCUUAGUUCUGUUCAGGUCUUCAAUCUGACUCAUAACAUCCAGGAAGAUGACCUACAACACCUACAGCUCUUCACAGAAUAUGGAAGGUUAGCAUUAGAAGACAAUGACAAUGUGUCCAAACCAUUCCAGUGUCUGAUGUUCCUGGUCAGGGACUGGAGUUUCCCGUACGAAUCUCCGUAUGGAGUCGCAGGAGGGAGAAAAGUCCUGGAAAAGAGACUGCAGAUAUCUGAUAAACAGCACCAAGAACUCAAACAAAUAAGACAGCACAUUCGUUCCUGUUUUGAAGAAAUCAGCUGUUUCCUGUUGCCCCACCCUGGGUUAAAUGUGGCCACAAAUCCCCACUUUGAGGGAAAAUUAAAAGAUAUUGAGCGUGAGUUUAAGGACCAGCUGAGGGUGCUGAUCCCUCUGUUGUUGGAUCCUGAUAAUCUGAUCGUGAAGGAGAUCAACGGAAGCAAGGUCACCUGUCGAGAUCUGAUGGAGUAUUUCAAAGCAUAUAUCAAAAUAUACCAAGGAGAGGAGUUACCAGAGCCCAAGUCCAUGUUACAGGCCACAGCAGAAGCUAAUAAUUUGGCAGCAGUGACAACAGCAAAGUCAGAUUAUUCCAAGAGAAUGGAGACAGUGUGUGGAGGUGACAAGCCAUAUCUACAUCCAGACCGUCUGGAAGAGGACCAUCUUCGGUGUAAACAGAGUUCCAUCGAUGUCUUCAAAUCAACGCGCAAAAUGGGAGGUGCGGAAUUCAGCAAACAGUACUUGGAACGGCUCGAAGCAGAAAUUGACGAGCAGUACGAAAACUUUAAAAAGCACAACGAUGGCAAAAACAUUUUCAGCUCGGCCCGAACGCCGGCAGUUUUAUUUACGGUCAUGACCUUCUGUUACGUCAUGUCCGGUGUGUUUGGGAUUGUGGGAAUCGAGUCAUUCGCCAAUUUACUGAACUUGGUCCUGGGACUUUUCCUCAUUCUUUUGGUGAUGUGGAUUUAUGUGAGGUACAGUGGAGAACACGUGGGAGUAGGGCAGCAGAUUGAUCAGAUCGCGGAGUUCAUCUGGGAUAAGGGCCUUAGUCAGGUGUACAUGCAGAUGAUGCAGAAAGGCGUCCAGCAAGCUUUAAAACAUCAGACAACACAACAAAAGACGAGGCCGAAAACAGACUAGACACUGUCUGUAGACGGUUGUGUCAUCCUGCAACGGAAUGUACAGCAUUUCCACAAUAUCCAACGAGACUCCGACCAAAUGGCUUCAUCCUGAUUCCUCCUCCCCCUCAAAAACUGCAGAUUUUCCCUCUGUUUCAUACGUAAUUUAAAGACAAAUUACAUGUAUUUCUUUUAUUUUCUAAGCUUCAUAUUUAGUAAAUUUAGUCAAUCAAAAAAAGAUUUAAUGAGAAUAUGAAAGCCUAUUGAUUUUAGGUUAUUAUGGUACCAUAUUUCUCUCAUUUCACUUAAAUUUUCUUUCAGAUUUAAUUCAUUUGUUUGAUUUUACUUAAAAUUAGGCUACAAAGAUGUUAUUGAAACAUAUUUUGAUUGUUUUAAGACCUUUAUUUGAAAAAUUUUAAACCUUUUUUUUUCCUUUUUCAUGAAAUUUAUCUUAUUUUUUGAGAGGUACUCAUUUUUUACGAUAGGUACAAAAACUCAGGUUUCAAUAUUUAACAUACAUAAAAUUAAAUAUUCAUUCACAAAAAAAUUGGAGGUUUACAAUGUUGUUACCUUGUAUUUCUACUACUAAAAUGUUUUGGUGAAUUUUUGUAUUGCAAUUUACAUAUACAGGUAUGGGGAAUGAAAUUUUUUAAUGCAUAUAAAAAUUAUUUUUGUAAUGGAUGCAAGAGUUAAUGUAAAUAUAGAUGUUUUUAUAUUAAAUUUCUUUUGGACAGAUUUGUAAGGUUGAAAAAAAAAACAAACUUUAAAACUUAUUAUUUCUUUCUUUUUGAACAUUUGUUAAGUUGGAAGUACUAGUAUGUGUUCAAAUGUGAAAAUAGAAAUUACAAAGAUGUUUUCUGUUAGCUUUUGGUGCAAAGAGCCUUUAAGCAUCGUAAGUGCUUGUUUUUGUUUGUGCCAAGAUAUGUCAAGUGAUUCCAGAGAAUUUGUUAUUUUAAAUAUUGAAUUUGUGCAUAGGUUUCACUUGCUUACUGUAAAUUCCUUAUUUUACGCGAGUACUUUAUUCCGCGAUCCCGCUGUUUUGUAUCAAAUCGCGAGAAUAUAAAAUUGCAAACGCGGAACAUUAAUCCAUAUUUCCUUUAGUUCCCAACUCUAAGAAAAUAAAGACGAGAUUCUAACAUCUGCGACAGGCGCUUCUCCCGAUUUUACACGGAUAUAAAUUACUCAUGUUUAAUUAGGAAUUUACAGUACUUACAAAUGUCCUUUAUGACAAAUGUCAGAAUUGUAGUCUGGUUUUUCUGUAUCCAUGUUAAGUUGAUGGUGUUUGGUCAAUAUUUUUUUUUUUUCAUGAAGUUUUCAUGCAAGACGUAUGUUCAUACAUGUCAUACUGAACUUGUUAUUUCGCACCGAUCAUAGCAUGUAAUUUUUAAGAACAUUUGUUAUAGUUUUGUAAACGAAACUUUUAAAUUAUUAAUUUAUUUAUGAUGUACAUUUUCGUGUACAAAAAUUGUAGUAGUCACUUUUUCUGUUAUAAGGUACUGCAGUCAUAUGGAUAUUGUAAUUAUUAAAAGGAAAAGGAAAAUGCUGAGUGCAUGGGCAAGCUAGCAAUAGUAUUUAACUGUAAAUGUGCAAUUGGCAACUUUUUAAUCCAUGCCAGUUGUGAACACUAUAUUUGAUGCAUUCACCUGUAUCAAGUACAUGUAUUUGAUUACUCUUGUAAAAAAUGUAGUCUAACAGUAAUUCAGGGAUGCUGGUAUGACACAAAAACAUCUCAGUUUGAUCAAAACAGAUAGAUUACCGGUAGUAAAAUAAGAGCCACCCAAGCUAUAAAUGGAACUUUCACACUAUUUAUCAAUUAUUGACUCUAGUUGUUUCUUAUUCUCUUUUUUCCAUUGAUUUUCUGUGACAACAGUAUUUCUGAUAAUUAUGUAAUAUUAAGUAAUUCAUUUUUUGUUCUUGUGUUGUGCCCAACUGCAAGUACUCUCUAAAAAAAAAUGGAUUAUAGUUACUAGUACUGACUAUCAGAGCAGUAGUACUAAUGUACUAUGUACUGUAAUAUGAACCGUGAUUAUCUGGGCGUAAUCAGUGUUACACUACACUUUCUGCCAUGACAGAAGUGUGAAGGGAUUUUUUUUUGUGCUUAAAUUAGAACUAUUAGGGAAUUGAUUUCCAUCUAACGAUAAGCAAAGUGCUUAAUUAAUUUAGACCCGUCAAAAUCGAGAUUAUAAUGUUGAUCUUCUCACAAUGAGUUGUGGUGCCAUUUUUUUUGUUUUUGUUUUUGUUUUUUUUUUUUUUUUGUAGCUUAAAAAUUCAACCACCUAGUGCUUGAAUUGAAAUUGGAAAAACGUUGCUUGAUUUUACGAACAAAUUAUUUUCUGGCGUUAUUUGCACUUGCUAUUACAUGUAAUACACAAUUUUGCAGUGAGAAACAUAACACUGUUAGAUAUCAGAUUAAACAUGUAGACUGU